CCGUACUAUUGUGCCCACUGCCCUGCACUCGGAAAAAAAAAUUGUCCAUCCAAGAGCUACACAAAAAUUCCAAGCCAAUUCUUUUGCGCUGAGGAAUCAGUUACGGGCUGGUUUUUCUUAAAUACUAUAUUGCAGAAGUAAUAAGGACUUGAAAAUGGUUUUGAAGGUGCAAAACCCUAAUAAUGUUCGUGUUUACACCGUUUCAGGCGACGGUGUCUCGUACAAACUGCCAGACUGGGUAAAUAAAAAAAAGGCUAAAAAGGACAUUGAGUUCUCUCAUAGAAUUGAACUUAUUCAGGACUUUGAUUUUCCUGAGGCUAGUAACCGGUUAAAAUGUUCCAGAGACGGAAAUUUCUUAAUGGCCACCGGAGUGUAUAAACCUCAAAUCAAGCUGUAUGAAUUCGCAGAAAUGUCUCUGAAGUUUGAGAGACACACAGACUCGGAGAACGUUCAAUUUGAGAUUUUGUCAGAUGACUGGACGAAAAGUGUUCAUUUGCAAAAUGACCGAUCAAUUGAAUUUCACAGUCAGGGUGGUAUUCACUACUCAACUCGUAUUCCGCGGUAUGGCCGAGACAUGAAACAUCAUUAUCCCAGUUGUGAUCUUUAUGUUGCUGCUGCUGGAGAUGAAGUCUAUCGACUUAACCUUGAACAAGGUCGUUUUUUGAAUCCUUUCAAGAUUGAAAGUGCAUCUGCCGGUAACAUAAACGACGGUGUAAAUGUUAUGGAUAUUAAUCCUGCACAUCAAUUACUUGCAUUUGGUACUGAUGCAGGUACUGUUGAAUUUUGGGAUCCUCGUGAUCGCUCCCGCAUUGCCAUCUUAAACGUAUCACAAUUUGCACCCCCCAGCAUGGGAGAUGAUAAGGCGUCUUCUGUUACCGCAUUGUCUUUCCGGAAUGACGGUUUAAAUUUGGCUGUUGGUGCUUCUAAUGGCAUGUCGAUGCUUUUCGAUCUCCGUUCGUCUAAUCCUUAUACCACUAAAGAUCAGGGCUAUGGUCUUCCGGUAAAGAAUUUACAUUGGGUUGAAAGCCCGAUUGAUUCAGUUAGUCGUGUUUUGUCGGCGGAUUCAAAAAUUAUCAAGAUUUGGGAAAAGGACCAUGGAACCCCAUUUACAUCUGUCGAACCCACUGUGGAUAUAAACGAUGUUUGUGUGUUUCCCGAUUCUGGUCUUAUUUUUACUGCAAACGAAGGUUCGCCCAUGCAUUCUUUCUACAUUCCCGCUUUAGGUCCUGCACCCAAAUGGUGUUCCUUUUUGGAUAAUCUUACAGAAGAGAUGGAGGAAAGCCACGCUCCUUCCAUCUACGAUAACUACAAGUUCGUUACGAAGAAGGAGCUUCUCAGUUUGGGUUUGGAUCAUCUUAUUGGAACAAAUGUUAUUCGGCCAUAUAUGCAUGGUUUCUUUAUUGAUGUACGUUUGUACGAAAAAGCUCGUCUUAUUGCCAAUCCUUUCUCCUACGAAGAACACCGUCAACGCAGAGUCAAGGAACGUCUGGAAAAACAGAGAGCAAGCAAAAUUCGUGCUCAGAACAAGCCCAAGGUCAAUGCUGCAUUGGCAGAGCGUUUGGCUUUCCAAGAAGGCAAACUCCGCAAGCAACUUGGUGACAACACACCAAGUGUAUUGGAAGACAAUCGUUUCAAGAAUGUUUUCACUGAUGAGGACUUCAAAGUGGACGAGGACACACUCGAAUAUAAACAAUUGCAUCCUACAAAAUCCACCAAACGCCUUACCGCAGCAGAGGAGUCUGAAGAAGAGGCCGAACUUGCACGCGGUGUUCAGUUUAGCUCUGAUGAUGGCCUUUCUAUGGACGAAAGUGAAAGCGAAGUGGAGACCUUUGACAAACUUUUGGACAAGCGUAUGCAAGCACAAAAUGCAAGAAACAAGGACUCGGUUCAAAGUAUUCGGAGCACUCCCGGCGGGAUGGAGAUGACGUUUUCUGUCAAUCGCAAGAAGAAGUCAACUGAAUCUAGACCCGAAAGUGAUUCAGGAAAAAAGAAGCAGAAUUAUGCAGGUCGUCGCUCUGCCAGUAAAAAUGUAUUUAGACAGAUGUAGUCUGUCCGGUUGGAUUAGAAGAUAGGGUGCUAAUAAAUGGGAUGUUUUUGGACGGCAUUGAAUACAAAUAUUACGCUACUGAUGGUUUUCGUAGGGCAUACGCGAUUUUCAUUUUGUAAUUCGAAACAGAAAUAUAUAUUAUUGGUACUUUUGUCUCAAAUCCCUGUUUAGUACAGAACUGU